AUGCCUACGCCUGGUCUGCUCUACGUCACAAUGCAGCCCAAGGGCUCGCUACCAGACACCCAGUUUCAUGAUUGGUAUAAUACUGAACAUGGACCUUUGCGCCUGCGAUUGCCCUUCGUCACCAAUGGUUUCCGCUUCCGUGCGACCGAUGGCGAGCAGCCCGAGUAUGUGGCUUUGUACGAUAUUACCGACAUGGACGAGUUGACUCGUAAGACUUAUUUGGAUUUGAGAACCGAUCUCAUCAAAACCGAGCGGGAGAAGAAGACUAUGGCCCAAAUUGAUGUCGGUCGUCUACUGUAUGAUCUGGCGGAUGAACGCACCAGUCCCAACUUCCGCCCCCUGGAAGAACAAGCCGACACAGAUGCCGAAACCCGGGGGAGUGUGCUCGUCGCCCUCCGAGUGGUCACUCAUCCUGACCCCGCCAAAGAAGCUGAUUUAGAGAAAUGGUACCGCGAGGAACAUUUUGAGAUGCUCUCCCGUGUGCCUGGAUGGCGCCGAAGUCGCCGUUUUGUCACUGCCGCAAUUGAUUCCGCCCCGCGCGAAUCGCUCAUUCUCCACGAAUAUGCUCCCAUUAACGGGCUUGGGGGUGAUGCCCACAAGGCUGCCAUGAAUACUCCAUGGGGAUCACGUCUCAUGUCUGAGGUUGUCACCUCGAAGAAACGCCGUGUAUAUGAGUGGUACUACACCUUUGGCCCUGCUCCGCGUGAGCUCACUUCGCUGGCUGCCCCGGAUGUUGUGGGACCAUGGAACUCCAACGAUGGUCGCACUCGCACAUUCCCCUCGACUUCUCGCCCGGCGGUUGAGUCCUUCGUCACUACUUCUGACGGAGUUGAAAUUCCCUACCGACUAGAGGGUAGCACCGACCCUUACGCGCCAGUCGUCGUGCUUAGCAACUCUAUCCUGGUGAACUGGAGCAUCUGGGAUCGUUUCGUUGAUGCAUUCUUCGCUCAGAAGCAGAACCAACGUUAUCGUGUCGUGCGUUAUUUGACCCGAGGUCGACACUCGCAGAGUGGUACGCAGCCUGUCAACCUUGAUCUGCUGGCCUCUGAUCUGGUGGCAUUGCUGGACGCCCUACGUGUUCCUCCCAAGGCAGCUCGUUUAAUCGGUGUUAGCCUAGGUGGCGUGACCGUCCUGAAUACUUCCCUGCUUUACCCUGAGCGCAUUGGAGCCUUCAUUUCAUGUGACACCAACUCUUCUGCCCCUGAAUCUAACCGCAAGGCAUGGGGUGACCGUGUCGCCAUCUGCGAGAAGGAAGGCGCUACUGACCCAGAAACAAAAGAGCCGAUUGUCGGUGAAGAAUUAGCCGAAGUCACCACUCGUCGCUGGUUCGUGCCGGAAUCAUACGAGACCCAGCCUGAGGUCCUCGCGACCGUCAAGGAGGCUGUGCGCACUAAUAGCUUGAAGGGCUUUGCUCAUAGUGUCCAGGCCCUCUGUGCCUAUGAUAUCCGCGAGCGCAUGACUACUGCCACCGUUCCAGGCCUUUUUGUCGCCGGUGCCAAAGACGGUGUCCUGCCCCAGACAAUGCAGAAGAUGGCGGCGGAUUUGUGCGGAGGCGCUGAGCUUAAGAUCAUCGAUCGUGCAGGCCAUCUACCCAUGGUGGAGCAGCCUGUAGCAUUUGCGGAAGUUGUGAGCGAGUUUUUGAGCAAAAUUGAUGGGUGA